GUUUUGUAAGGCGCUUUCCAGUGGACAGUUUGGAUGGUUUCAUGCUGAAAUAUAUAGUCUUCGUGUAAGCAGACAAAUCAGCGAAACAGGUUCUGACCUCCACACGGAUGAAUAUAUACUACUGCACACAUACGAUUAACUCCAAGCAUUACUUCCGGCUCGUGCGUUAUAAAAUAAAUUACUCCAUUUAUUUGUGAUAUUGUUUUACGAAGCAGGAGGGAUGUUCUGAAUAUUUUAUCCAGUGAAAUGUUAUGUUAUUAUAUUUUACUUAUAUGCACAUUUAUAAGAGAAGAACUUAAAAUCAAAGGAACCACAAACGGCGGGGGAAGUAUUUACUGACGGACCAGCCGCUCAGAGCAACUUCAGUGAUGCGAAACUCUACACACUCAUUGAUCAAAUCAUGACAUUCUGGAUUAAAUCUCUCUGUAUUUACAAUCCGUAGAAGACAGACAGUUUCUGCAGAUAUGAAAAUGAAAGUUUCAAGUUCAUAGCAGAAGCACGAAUGAAUUACAUCAGCGUUAUUCUGCACAAGUGUUAAGCCCAUGAUUCAUCUGUGAUGGCAGGAAAGAGUCGUUUCUCAGCGUCUGACCGGUUUGAGUACUUGCAGGGUCUGGUCACAGAGUUUCAGGACACUGACAGUGAGGAGGCUAAAGAGCAAGUGCUGGCAAACCUGGCCAACUUUGCCUACGAUCCAUCCAACAUGGAAGCACUGCGAUUGCUCCAGGUCACUGAGCUCUUCCUGGACAUGCUGACAGAAGAGAAUGAGAACUUUGUGGAGUUUGGAAUUGGUGGUUUGUGUAACCUCAGCAUGGAGCGGGAGUCCCGUGAUCAGAUCCUGCAAAGCGGCGGAGUCCCAUUAGUGAUAUCCUGCCUGUCGAGUAACAGAGAUGAGACGGUUCUCUCUGCCAUCACUACAUUAAUGAACCUGACCACAGCAGCCUCACGCACAGAGACCACAGACGGUGCUGUGGUGCAGUGCAUGCUGCGCUUCUCCCUCACACAGAACCCGCGCCUCAGGAACCUGGCGUCUGUCUUCCUGGAGGACUACUGCACACAGCAACAAGUGGACAGAGCUCGAGAGGAAAUGCAGGGACAAAGCCAGUCAGCGGUGGGGAUUCCACUGCCAAAGGACUGAACACUUGAUUUUGAAUGUAGUUGUUCCUGGACAGUUUGUAAAUGCUUGAAUUGUCAUUUAAGCUUAUUUUGAAAAUAAAAGCUUUUCUUAAUAAAUA